AUGGAAAUAAUUGACACCGCAUUACGAACUCUAGUAGGGCCGGAAUGUACGCAGACAUUGCUGUCCUUAGGGUUUGAAGACUAUACUUGCUUAAGACUGCUGGCUUCAAAGGGGCUUGGAUUGGGAGUCGUUGCAGGUGGAAGCAUACUCAAGGUACCUCAGAUACUCAAAAUAGUCGCAUCUGGAUCUGUCACUGGCAUCAGUGCUGCCUCCUACUUGUUGGAAACCGUCGUAUAUCUCGUCUCGUUGGCUUAUAAUUACAGAAAUGGGAAUGCAUUCUCCACUUAUGGUGAAGGCAAGUUUGCUUUACAUGUCGGUCUUGAUGUGAAUAUUGUAUUAUCAUUCGCCUUCAUCACAAUGCAAAACUUUAUAGUCUUGCUACUCCUCUUCACAUACUCUCGUCAAGUAGUCAUCCUCCUAGCAGUAGCCGGUGCUCUCUCCGCUGCAACAUACGCCCUUUUCGAUCCAACUCUCGUAAACUCUAAUCUCCUAGUCCAGUUCCAAUGGGGAACCAUAUUCUUGGCUCUCGCUGCCAAGCUUCCCCAGAUCUAUACAAACUAUAGCAACUCAUCCACCGGCCAAUUGAGCUCAAUCACGGUCUUGUUGACGCUAGCUGGUUCUGCUGCUCGGGUCUUUACUACUUGGCAGGAAGUCAAGGAUCCUGCUAUAUUGACGGCUUUUGUAGUCGCAACUGUCUUGAAUCUUGUGUUGGCCUUGCAGGUUGUCAUGUAUCCUAAACCAGAUGCCAAGGCAUCACGACCUAAAUCUAAAAGUGCUCGGCCUAUAAAGAAACCAGUCAAAAAGGCAGAAUAG